AUGCUUUGUUUGCUUAGCUUCCAUACCAAACUCACUAGCCCCGUUAAUUUUCUUGCGCCUUACUGUGAAAAUACAACAUACAACCCUAACAGUGCGACCGGCAGCAUUUACAGAACCAAUCUAAAUUUCGUGCUUGACACCCUAUCUUCAAAUGCAUCUCGGACAGACACCAAUGGCUUCUAUAAUUUCAGUACUGGCAAUGACCCUUCUAACACGGUCUAUGGCCUCUUUCUCUGUCGAGGCGAUCUCAGCGCUGAUGUUUGCAAAGAAUGUGUAGCAAAUGCCAGCACAAGAGUAUUUCAAGAGUGCCCGAAUCAGACGGCUGCUAUUGUUUGGUAUGACGAGUGCUUGUUGCGUUUUUCUGACCAGACAAUCUUCUCCAAGGUUGAUUCCAGAGUGGUAGUGGCUAUGUACAAUACACAGAAUGUCACUGAAUCGAACUGGUACAACUUCGUAUUGCUAUUGGGAAAUUUGUUGUAUAACGCUGCGGAUCAGGCUGCAAAUCAAACAUGGGGCAAAAAGUUUGCUGUUCAACAAGCCAACUUUUCCGCUUUUCAGACGUUGUAUGCCCUUACACAGUGCACACCAGAUAUAUCUGUUGAUGACUGCAAAGGGUGCCUUGAAAGUGCUAUCAGAACCAAUCUGACCCUUUGUUGUGCUAUCAGAGUGGGAGGUAGAGUAAUCUUUCCAAGCUGUAAUAUUAGGUAUGAGCUCUACGGCUUCUACAAUAGUGCAUUCCCUGCACCACCGCCUAUGACAAACUUACAUUCCUUCACCGGUGCUCCUCCUCCUAGUUCCACUAAAGGCAAAGGACGAAGACCCCCACGAGCAGUUUUUCCAAUUGCUGUCCCAUUAAUUGGGGUUGCUGUUGUGCUAUUUAUCAUGGCUUUAGUUUUCCUGAAAAGAAGAUUGCGGAAGAGUCGUGUUGCAAUGGCACCGGAAACAAGUGAUGGAGUUGCUGAAAUCUUAACAGCCGAAUCCUUACAGUAUAGCUUAACUGAAAUUCAAAUUGCCACAAAUAACUUCUCUGUGGAUAACAAAAUUGGCGAAGGUGGAUUUGGUCGUGUAUACAAGGGUGUACUUGGUAAUGGACAAGAAGUAGCUGUCAAAAGGCUGUCAAGGAGCUCAGUGCAAGGUGCAGAAGAAUUUAAAAAUGAAAUUGUAGUAGUUGCAAAGCUUCAACACAGAAAUCUAGUUCGGCUAUUGGGAUUUUGCCUGGAAGGAGAAGAAAAGAUACUCAUCUAUGAAUUUGUUGCCAACAAAAGCCUUGACUACUUUCUCUUUGAUCCAGAAAAUAAACGAUCAUUGAACUGGUCAAGACGUUACAAUAUCAUUGGAGGUAUAGCAAAAGGACUUCUUUAUCUGCAUGAGGAUUCUCGUCUAAGAAUUGUUCAUCGCGAUCUCAAAGUAAGUAAUAUAUUAUUGCAUGGAAAUAUGAGUCCAAAGAUAGCAGAUUUUGGCAUGGCAAAGAUUUGUGGAGUUGAUCAAUAUGAAGGAAACACAAAUAGAAUUGCAGGGACAGUUGGUUAUAUGGCUCCUGAAUACACAAGGUGGGGUCAGUUCUCACUAAAGUCAGACGUGUUUAGUUUUGGGGUUGUAAUUUUGGAAAUUGUCACGGGCAAGAAGAGCAGUGACUUCCAUCAAUCUAGAGAUUCCGAAGACCUUCUAAGCUAUGCUUGGAACCAUUGGAGACGCGGCCAAACUUUAGCUCUUUUGGAUUCAAGCAUUGGAGAUUCUUACGCCAGAAAUGAAGUCAUUCAAUGCAUCCAAGUUGGCUUACUAUGUGUUGAAGAAGAUGCCAGUAAAAGACCAACAAUGGCUUCUGUGGUCUCCAUGCUCAAUCCUAGUUCUGUUCCCCUACCAACUCCACAUCGUCCGGCAGUUUUCCGGAGCAAUGGAUCGGAGAGCAGGGUAGACGAGCUGGAAGUUGAUCAAUCCAACACUCAAAGAAUUUCAGCUCCAAGCUCUGUCAAUGAUGCAUCAAUUACUGAACCAUAUCCCAGAUGAAGGAAGAAAUAGGCCAAUUCUGGAAGAAAAUAUCAAGUUCAUCAUCAGCAUUAUGUUGUAGAUUUUGAA